AUUUAUUUAGUUAGUUAGUUAGUUUGGGGGCCACACUCAGCAGUGCUCAGGACUUACUGCUGGCUCUGCACUCGGGAAUUGCUUCUGGCAGGUUGGGGAGGGGAAUUAUCCGGGUGCCAGGAAUGAAGCAGGUAAGCCCCCUCCCCUCCCCGUUAUACUAUUUCUGCAUUCCAAGCGGCUGAAUUCUGAAAGCGUUGUUUUCAUUUCCCUUAUCAGUGUAUCUCACUGUCUGAUGCAUGCAUACUAGAUUCAGUGACCAUGUAGAAAUCCAGUCUCAGAUUUUAUUUUAUUAUUUUUUUUUUAGCAACUUACUUGGAGAAACACAGACGAAUGCAGCCCUGGAGGAGCAGGUUCUAAUCUUAGCUCUAAGAAAUCUUCCCACCACUCAGAUGGUGAGGGGAUGUCAAGGAGGGUCACAAGACUGAGGGGGAAAAAAAAUUCAGAUUGCUCAUCUUGCAAAAUCUUGCUGCCUUUUUCCCGAUGGAUGAUCUUUCAGUUCUUUGCAGGCCCAAAGACAGUGGCUACAAAUCGGGUGAGCGAAGACAGGUAAAAGGGGGUGGGAUGAGCAGCAAACGCGGACUCGCAGGGACGGACAACAGCGCGGGAGAAGAAACGGAGCUGGACGGCUUUGGAGGCCCCUGACUUUGGGGAAAUAGGGCUGAGUGAGUGGCCUUUUCACCAGUUGCGCAAUUUGGCAUCUGCGACCGGGGAAGCCCCACGUGAGCGCAGCUGGCAUCUCGGUUCUCUUUUCCCUGCCCCGCGGCAGGCACCCACCCAGCAGAACCCACGGGCGCCGAGCUGGCCCGCGGGCGAGGGAGACCGCGCGGGCGCGGGGCACCGGGUCGUCUGAGCUGGCAUCACGCGUGCGACCCGGUGUGGGCGUGUGGGCACCCCGGGAGCAGCGGGCGCUCUGCAGCGCGCAUUUUGCGUCUGGACUCUCUUGCGGGUGUCUCCCCAGCAGGCCCCGUCAGUCCAGGAGCAGGGAGAAAGCGCGGUUUGGAGGCGCUGCGGCGGACACCCCAGGUUGAACUACUGGACAAUGCCACGUGCUUGGUGGACACUGUGGACAUUGGGGGCCAUCCUCAUCCUCUCCCAAGGAGGGGUCCCCGAUCAGACUACCCUAUCUUGUGACCCCAGUGGCAUCUGUGAUGGCCGCUCUAGAGACUUCCACAGCAUUCCCUCUGGGCUCACAGCGGCAGUGAGAAGCCUUGACCUGUCCAAUAAUAAGAUCGCCUCCGUGAGCAAGACUGACCUGCAGGGGUGUGUGAACCUCCAGACUCUGAAGUUGAGGGUCAAUGAAAUAACCAGCAUAGAGGAAGAUUCCUUCCAUCCUCUGGGGCUUCUUGAACAUUUAGAUUUAUCCUAUAACCAACUAUCAAAUUUAUCAUCCUCCUGGUUCCGGCCCCUGUCUUCCUUGAAAUACCUGGAUUUACGGGAAAAUCCUUAUCAGACACUUGGGGCAAUGCCUCUUUUUUCUGCUCUCACCCACUUGCGAGUCCUGAGAAUCGGGCAGAGCUCUACCUUCACGAAGAUUCAGAAGACGGACUUGGCUGGGCUGAUGUUCCUUGAGCAACUGGAGAUCGAGGCUUUCAGACUGCAGACAUAUGAGCCCACGAGCCUGGCAUCCGUGCAGCGUAUCCGCCACCUGACCCUUCACCUGAAGCAGCACUUUUGGCUGCUGGAGAUAUUCAUGGAUCUUGUCCAUUCUGUGGAAUCCUUGGAGCUGAGAGGGACUGACCUGAAAGAGUUCCACUUCCCAGACCUGCCUGUCUCCAAAGGCAGUUCCCCGAUGAGAAAGCUCACCUUUAGAGGCGUGGAGACAACCGAUGCAAGUUUCACUGGGCUGCUGAGUCUGUUUAAUCACGCCACAGGCGUGCAGGAAGUGGAGUUUGACGACUGCACCCUUGACGGACAGGGAGCCUUUUACCCCUCUGAGAGGCAGGUGAAAGCCACCAGGAGCCUGGAGACGUUAACCAUCAGGACCCUACAGAUCCCCAAGUUCUUCUUAUUUUAUGACCUGCAGAGUAUCUAUUCCCUCAUAGGUGGCAUGAAAAGCAUCACGAUAGAAAACAGCAAGGUGUUCCUGGUCCCCUGCUCCCUUUCCCAGCACCUCAAGUCCUUGGAGUACUUGGAUCUCAGCGACAAUUUAAUGGUGGAGGAAUACUUGAGCAACUCCGCCUGUGAGGGCGCCUGGCCCUGCCUCCAGACCUUGAUUUUAAGGGCGAAUCAUUUGACGUCGCUGGAAAAGACUGCCACCAUCCUGCUGACACUGAAAAAUCUCACCAAGCUCGAUAUCAGCAAGAACAGUUUUCUUUCCAUGCCCACAACGUGUCGCUGGCCUGAAAAGAUGAACCACCUGAAUUUAUCCAGCACCCGGAUGAACAGUCUGAGCUCCUGCCUCCCCGCCACCUUGGAAGUGUUGGACGUUAGCAAUAACAACCUCCAAUCCUUUUCUUUGAGGCUGCCACAGCUCAGAGAGCUCUAUCUCUCCAGAAACAAGUUGAAGACACUCCCCAGUGCCUCCUGCCUACCCGCCUUGCGAGUCCUGAGCAUCCGCAGGAAUAUGAUCAAUACUUUCUCCAAGGAGGAACUCGACGCUUUUCAAGAGCUGAAAGCGUUGGACGUGGGGAACAACAAUUUUAUUUGCUCCUGUGAGUUCCUUUCUUUCACGCGGGAGCAGCCAGGGCUGGCCCAGCUCCUCAGAGACUGGCCUGACCACUAUCUGUGUGACUCGCCCGCCUAUGUGCGGGGCCAACGGGUUCAGGACACGCAACUUUCGGUCUCUGAGUGUCACCUGGCAGCUCUGGUCUCCGUCACGUGCUGUGUCCUUCUCCUCUUGAUCCUGCUCAUUGUGGUUCUGUGUCAUCGUUUCCACGGACUGUGGUACCUGAAAAUGACCUGGGCCUGGCUGAAGGCCAAGAGGAAGCCCCGGAGGGCGGUCCCGAGGGACAUCUGCUAUGAUGCCUUUGUGUCCUAUAGUGAACACGACUCCUACUGGGUGGAGACCCUCAUGGUCCAGGAGCUGGAGCACUUCGAUCCGCCCUUGAAGCUGUGUCUGCACAAGCGGGACUUCAUUCCCGGCAAAUGGAUCAUCGACAACAUCAUUGACUGCAUCGAGAAGAGCCACAAAACCAUCUUCGUACUCUCGGAAAGCUUUGUGAAGAGCGAGUGGUGCAAGUACGAGCUGGACUUCUCCCAUUUCCGGCUCUUCGACGAGAACAACGAUGCUGCUAUUCUCGUCCUCCUGGAGCCCAUAGAGAAGAGGGCCAUCCCCCAGCGUUUCUGUAAACUGCGCAAGGUCAUGAAUACCAAGACCUACCUGGAGUGGCCCCCUGAUGAAGCACAGCAACAGGGCUUCUGGUUAAGUCUGAGAGCUGCAAUCAAGUCCUAGCUUCCUCCCCAAUAGGCCAGUGUCAGCC